CCCUGACCUGAAUGGAACCCACAACCUUUUGGUGUACAGGUCAACGCCCCAACCGAGCCACCGGGGCCAGGGCGAUACUUGAGCAACUUUAUCUCCAGGAUCUGUACGGCUCCAAUGGCCUGUGCUUUAAGAAUCAUCAUUAUUGGAGUCUAGUUUUUAUGGCUUAAAACCCCGACUUAACCCCUCGGUGGAGCUGGCAGGAAGCGCCACGGCCCACGUGCAACCAGCUCGCUGUUCCGUUUCCGGAAACGCGGAGGCUGUGGCGUCAUCAGCGAGCGCCCGGCCGUAUGGGCGUGUGGAGACGCGAUGCUGAGCCGGCUCCAGGAGCUGCGCAAGGAGGAGGAGACGCUGCUCCGGUUGAAGGCGGCACUGCACGACCAGCUGAACAGGCUCAAGGUUGAAGAAUUGGCCCUCCAAUCUAUGAUUAGUUCUAGAAGAGGGGAUGAGAUGCUGUCUUCUCAAGCUACACAUGAACCGUCACAUGAUCAGAUGUUGGUGCAUGUAGACAAUGAAGCAUCAAUCAACCAAACUACGCUGGAGUUGAGCACAAGGAGCCAUGCGCCAGACGAGGAGGAGGAGGAGGAGGAAGAGGAAGAAUCCGAUUCCUGAAGUGGGGAAAGAGCCAGGGUUAGUUCUACAAAUUAAAUUUCUAAGUUGCAGAAACUUUCUCUCCAAAGAAUUCCUGCCCUGGGCCCUAUGGCCUGCUUUAAAAGGAAGCAAGAACUUUAGGAGGAUGUGUACUUGUAAAAAAUGGUUCCAUCAACAACUCAAGUUUCAGAAUGCUUUAAGAAAAAUUAGUGACACAUAGAAAAGCAAAGAUGUAGUGUCUUAGCAUUGAGCAAUAUGGGUGGUGCUGUGUCUGUAUUCUGGUCAGAUCCAGUGAUUGUGUUCAAAACAGAAAAUUUCCUCUGAAAUGCUAUUGAGAAAGUCUGGCAUUUGAAAAAGGGCAGAGUGUAAGUACAAGCCAGCCUUUUCAAUCAACAAUGCCUCUUUUAAGCAAACCAAUUAAAGGCUGUUUGCAUACCAUUGAACCCUUGUAAGCAUAGCCAAAGUCCAGGAGAGGAAGAUGACAAGGAGGACAGACCACCACUUGAGAGCACCAGUUGUUGCCACCUCUCAGUGACAUCGCAGCACACUGCCCACUACAGACUGUUUUGUGUGGCUGUCAUCACUUCUAGGUUGAGAUAUCGCUAUGAUAAAAUGUGCAUAGAAAUAAUAUGUAGAUGAAUAGCCAUCAUGCAGCUUGCUGGUUUCCAGAUAGCAACAGGAAAAUGGAUCAGUUCCUCCUCUGGGGAAAACAGUACAGCCAGCAGGAUGGUUUAAAACCCAUUUCUGGACUUCGGGGGAAAUGUGCCAUUAAAGAAGGAAUCACUAUGCUUGGGAGAUUGGAUUUUUAUAAUAAAGAGAUGAUAGUUACAGAA